AUGGGCAUGGAAACAGUUCAAACUGGGGAAUGCUUCGAAUUAAAAGAAAGAAAUCCUUCUCAAGAUGAGGAAUCUGUGGAUAUGUCUUCAAGAUUUGAAGACGUUGAGAAGGCCCUCUUUGCUGCAAUUGAAGAGGGUGACGAGGUAGCAGUGGAAUAUAUCUUGCAAGCCAUCAAAAUUAAUCAACUUCAGAGGGACUUUCGAGAUGAAAUUGGGAGAUCGACAUACGACUAUGUGAUAGAAGGUGGAUUCGUGCCAAUUUUGGAGAGUUUACUGGAUGCAGGGAUCCCUUUAGGAGACGCCCUUCUGAGAUCCAUCGCCGCAUCGUGGCAUGAAGGAACCGUGUUUAUCUGCAACUACGUCAUGACUCUCCCUCCAGAAGUUCUUCUUAAAGCCGGUGUGUCGCCCCUUGCCAAGCCCCAAGCGAGUCAGAAAUCGACUGCAAGUCUCACCGAUGUCGUCAGUCUGCUAGACUAUUAUCGAGCCGUUUCAUCAGAGGCCUACCUGGGCCUUGCUCACCCCGACCCUCUGGAUAACGCGUUUAGAUUGAGCCGAAAGCUGAGAGAGCUGGGAAACGACUGGGAGGAGUUUAAUGCCGAAUUCUUCAGAAUGGCGGAGAAACUUCAGACGCUUUUCACGCAAAGCAGCAUCCCAACCAGGAAUCCGAUGUCAAAAGUAGAGACAGCUAUCGCUUAUCAGCAGAAAGAUGCCAUGUCUUUCGCCUUCUACCAAGUCUUCGCAUCGACAUCGAACCUUCGGCUGGUUCUCAUGACAUCGCUGCUCGUGAUCGCCUACCCAUUCAUCAGCGUGGUCUUUUUAGCGUACCAGGGAGAUGUUCUCACAAAGCUUCUCAGAACACCGCACAUCAAGUUAUGGAUGUCCUUUGGUUCAGACGUGACUCUCCUGAUCUGCGUUGCUCUCAACUCCAUCUUGGAUAAGCAAGAUUAUACUUAUCCAAUCCUCUGCGUCCACGUUGUCAUCUUGGUGCAUUGCAUAGGUUUGGUUUGGAAGCACGUACAAGAAAUCUUCUCUCGAGGUUUCAUCAAGUUCAUCAAGUACUACAUGAACGUAGCGGAGGUUCUUAUUGUCACGCUGUGCUUUGGUUUCGUCACCAGCGACUGGAUUGGACGUGUGCAACAUGAUGACAAGUUACAACGGUUAGAAGUCGAGACCAAUCUGACGUCACAAUGCACAUCUUGGAGCUGCGCGGAGUGGAAUAACCCUGUCAUUGUGUCGAAUGCUUUGUGUGGUCUUGUUGUGAUCCUGUGCGUAUUCAGAACAUUCCAUUCGGUCGUCACAAGCUAUCACGCCAUCUUCGUCAUCUGGAAGUCUACGAUCGGAGCCAUUCGGGACCUCGUGAGGUUCUCGGCAAUACUCGGCGGAGUUCUCGUAUCAGUUGCCGUGGGAAUGAACGCGAUGUCUCUAUCCGAAUUCUAUGCUCAGCCGUCGCAAUGCCGAAAUGGUUUAGCUGUGGAAACAUGCUCUAUUUGGGAUGAAAGAUUCAUUACUCUUCCAAAGUCGAUGUCGACUCUGUAUUGGGCACUCUUUGCCGUGCGAGGGCAGACGGUGAGACAAUCGUUCGGGGACGAUACCGUCUUCGCUCUCAUCUACUACGUCUUCUUCGCAGCUUACUUCAUUCUGGCGGUCGUCCUCGGGCUCAACCUCUUCAUUGCCAUCAUGACGUCACAACUCACCAAGGUGCAGGUAGGACGAAGAGCCUAA